AUGAAGAGGUUGACAAAAUCUACAGUCAUAGGAACUAAACGCAAGCAAGAAGCAGACAACAAAGAAAAUGAAAAUUCGUUGGGUCAUGAGAAUAGCAAUCCACCACAACAAAGCCAGUUAUCAUCUUAUAAGACUCCUAGACCUUUCUGUGGAAUUUUUCAAGCAUCCUUAUCUACGCCUUUGAGCGUAUUAACUAAUGUAUGCUCAAAAGAAGUUAGUGUUCGUAACGUGAGUAAUCGCACACCCUUAUCUGCAAUUUCGAGCACCCCGCCAGCAAACCAAGCUACAGAUUUAACAAUGGAAUCCCUUACUGGUAGUCACACUCAUGAAAGAGUAGGACGUGUACUCCAACCAAGUCUCCGUACUCCAAAUAGUGUCUUGACUAAUGAAAAUGUUGCUAUUAACCAACCACAUAUAGACGCUCAAGUUGGGCCUUCUACAACACAUGCCGGUAUUGGUUAUAGUGAAUCUAUCACUAACUUAAUCAAAAAACCAAGUAGUCGAUUAAUCAAUACAAACAAUCGGUCUGCUUCUGAUGGUCGUAACCUCCACAGCGACUUCAAUCAAUGUAGCGAACAGGAAGAUAUCAUCCCAGAUGUUUUACCUGUUGAUUAUGCCGACUUUGGUGAUGCUUGUGAUUCAUGCUUACAUUGUGGGGCACUUUUUUGGUACGAGGAACGGUUGAACAAGUCAUAUCUUAACGGUAGUUUGCUGCCCAUGGAUGGUGCUCAACCAAAAUUUGCCCAAUUGUACAUUCACGACACCGAGAAUGAGAUUAACAAUCGUGUUGAUUCAAUAAGGCAUGAAAGCGGUACAACUUCUUUACACCUAGAGGUGGUAAACGACAUAAAAAAAAAAGCACUGGAUGACAACAAUGUGCUGGUUAAGUCAUUUAGAAUGACUAGGUCUGAGAUUCACAACAACCCACGAACUGAGGUAAAAAUGAGACUGUUAGGGAAGAGGAGCAAGGAUGCUAGGACCUAUAAUUUACCUACAGUAUCUGAGGUUGCUGCAUUGAUAGUUGGUGACCUAGAUCUAGACAUGGGUUUUCGCGAUAUUUUGGUGGAGUCAAAAACAGGGAAACUCAAAAGAAUCAGUGAACUCAACCCUGCUUACUUACCUAUGCAAUAUCCUAUUUUGUUUCCAUAUGGAGAGGAUGGGUAUAGGGAUGACAUCCAAUUUGCAGCUAAUCGUAGUCAACUACUUGGAUCUAGGCAACGUUUAACACUACGGGAGUAUUUUGCUUUUAGGUUACAUGAAAGGAGAAGUGAACUUUCUACAUUGUUGCAUUCAAAGAGGUUGUUUCAACAAUUCUUGGUCGAUGCUUAUACAAUGGUUGAAUCUGGUAGACUUAUGUUUAUAAGAAACAAUCAGAAGGCAUUGCGUUGUGAACAAUACAAAGGGUUGUCGGAUGCAUUAUUUAGGGGAGAUAUAGACCCUUCAACCCAAAGGAAGAAAAUUAUCUUACCAUCAAGCUUUACAGGAGGUGCAAGGUAUAUGAUACAAAACUACCAAGAUGUCAUGGCUAUAUGUCGUUGGAUAGGCUAUCCAAACUUAUUCAUUACAUUUACAUGUAACCCAAAGUGGCCUGAAAUCCAACGGUUUAUUGAAGUUAGAGGUUUGCGGACAGAAGAUAGACCUGAUAUUGUUAGUUGCGUCUUCAAAAUGAAGCUUGAUAGUUUGGUUAAAGAAUUAAAAUCAGCAGAACUCUUUGGUCCCGUCAAAGCAUUAAUAUACACAAUUGAAUUCCAAAAAAGAGGACUACCACACGCACAUAUACUGUUGUUCCUUGGAUCCAACAGGAUGGAAUCAUCUCCUGAUUCCAUUGAUAAAUUCAUUUCAUCGGAAAUUUCUGAUAUAGAGAUUGAUAAAGAUUACUAUAAGGCUGUCGAAGAAUUCAUGGUGCAUGGUCCUUGCGAUGUUGCUAGAUCUAACUCACCUUGUAUGGUUAAUGGACGAUGUACCAAAUACUUCCCCAAAAGAUUUGUUGAUUCAUCAAGUUUUGAUCAAGAUGGAUACCCUAUAUAUAGAAGGUGUGAUGAUGGAAGAACAAUAACAAAGAAUGGUAUUCAAAUGGACAAUAGGUAUGUGGUGCCUCAUAACAGAUAUUUGUUGUUGAGGUACAGGGCACAUUUGAAUGUUGAAUGGUGCAACCAGUCCAGAUCUAUCAAGUACUUAUUCAAGUAUAUCAACAAAGCAAAUGAUCGAGUCACUGCCGAAUUCUAUAGAAGUUCCGCAGAAGCUAAUGGUGUUGAGGUUGUUGAUGAGAUAAACAUGUAUUAUGACUGUAGGUAUGUUUCAGCUUCAGAGGCUACUUGGCGGUUACUUAGCUAUGACAUACAGUGCAGAACUCCAGCUGUGGAGCGACUUAGUUUCCACUUGCCAGAUAGCCAAACAGUAUACUUUCAAGACGAUGAAGAUGUGGAAACCAUUUUGAAUCGACAGACCUUGGGUGAAAGCAUGUUUACUGAAUGGUUUGAAGCUAACAAGAAAUACUCUGAAGCGAGAUUGCUAAGUUAUAUUGAAAUGCCCAAUAAAUUUGUUUGGAAAAAAAAUAUGCAGCAAUGGCAGCCAAGGCAACGUGGUUUUUCUAUUGGUCGUAUUUUUUACGUACCACCUGGUUCUGGGGAGCUUUAUUAUCUUCGUUGCCUAUUGAACAUAGUUCGAGGACCUCAGAGUUUUGAAGACAUCAAAACAUACAAUGGAAAAGAGUACAACACUUUUAAGGAUGCAUGUUAUGCCCGUGGGUUACUAGAUGAUGAUCUUGAGUACAUUGAUGCAAUUAAGGAAGCUAGCGAAUGGUCUACUGCACAUUCACUAAGAAAGUUGUUUGUCACACUUUUAAUGGCAAACACAAUGGGAAGGCCUGAAUAUGUCUGGAACGAGGUUUGGACGUAUCUGGCAGAAGAUGCUCAAUACAAUCGAUGA